GGGAGGAUGGGCUGAGGUGGGCGGGAUACAGGCGGCGAGUGUCGCGGUAGCGGGCUGCACCGGAUGACGUGAGGGCGGAGGAGUGAAGACAAACCGGCGGCGGAAAAAGUGUGAGCGGCGCUUCUCUCCGGAGCGCCUUCAGAAAGGUUUCGGUCUCCCACUCCCUCAUAGUGAAGUGGCGCGAUGUCCCAGCCGCUGGCAAAGAAGAUCCCGCAGGAGGAGGGCGAGGGCGGCUCCCGGAGGAGCAGCUGGGGUCUGCUGGUCACGGCCGGCGUGGGCGGGACCUUGGUGGCCCUYUAUGCUGUGGCCACCCCUUUUGUGACCCCGGCCCUGAGGAAGGUGUGCCUGCCCUUCGUUCCUGCAACUGCAGCUCAGAUCCAGAAUGUGCUSAAAAUGUUGGAAAACAGAAGUGGCUCCCUAGUUGACAUUGGUAGCGGGGAUGGACGGAUUGUGAUAGCAGCUGCAAAAAAGGGAUUCCAAGCUGUCGGUUAUGAAUUAAAUCCCUGGCUAGUCUGGUACUCCAGAUACCGUGCCUGGAGAGAUGGAGUACAUCAGAAUGCCAAAUUUUAUAUUUCAGACUUAUGGAAGGUUUCUUUUUCCCACUACACAAAUGUUGUUGUUUUUGGGGUACCUCAAAUGAUGCCACAGCUGGAGAAGAAGCUGGAAGAAGAACUUGAAUGUAAUGCCAGAAUCAUUGCCUGUCGCUUUCCUUUCCCUUGCUGGAUUCCAGAUCAUACUACUGGAGAGGGAAUAGACACUGUGUGGGCCUAUGAUUUGAAACAUUCUAGAGGAUGUGAAACAAAAAGUUUGCAAAUCACACCAGAGACAGAAUCCUAAACAUCUAAUCUGUUUUUUUUACUGAAACUUUUAGCUUUGACUGGACUUGUUGAAGAUAAGAUUAUUGUGAAUAGAGCCRUGGCCUAUGAAGAUAUGUAUUAAUUAAAAGAACUGAAGUACAACUGGUGGUUUUCUGAAAGCACAGAAAAAUUACUGAAAGGUGUAGUUAAAUGGCUUGAUGCUGUGUCCUGGUUUUACCCUAUCUGGCAGUGAAGUACCACACUGAUGUUUGCUCACUCCAGCCCCCACACUCUCCCAGUAGGGUGGGGAGGGAAACUGGAAAAAAUCCCUGACCAUGGAUUGAAAUAAGAAUGGUUUAAUAAUUGAAACAAAGUAAUGAUGAUGAUGAUAGUAAUAGAAAUACUAAUAAUGGCCAAAAAAAAAGAGAGGAGUAAAACCCAAGAAAGAUGAGUCAUGCACCGUACCCAUGCUCACCACUACUGAUGGAUGCCCAUCCCAGAGAAGCAAUUGGUCUCUCCUUGCCAGCUCUCUGCAGUUUGUAUACUGGGCAUGGUGUGGAAUAUCCCUUUGGCCAGUUUGGGUCAGCUGUCCUGGCCAUGCUUUCUCCCAGCUUCUUGCACCCCUCUUCAUUGGCAGAGCAUGACAAACUGAAAGUCCUUGGCUUAGCAUCAACUAAAACAUCAGUUUGUUAUCAGUGUUAGUCUUAUUCUGAGUAAAAAACCACACAGCACUCUACCAGCUACUAGGAAGAAAAUUAACUCCCAGCUGAAACCAGGACAUGUAGUUAGUCAAAAUGAUGAAAAAGUUUUUAUAGAAGUGGAGAACUUUAAUAUGGAAGAUUUGAAGGGAAUAUAUGUAUAAGUUAAAAUGCUUAAAUUGGCAAACUUAGUAUAUGCAUUCUUUCUGACCCUGCAGAGCAUUUGUUAUUGRUGUUGGAAGUGGUGUGCAAGGGGCUCCCUAAAUGAGCUGUGUUUCCCAAAUGUCUGAAUUAUSUAUGCCAAGUAGCAUAAAACUGCAUGCCCAAAACUGAUCCAGAUGGAGUAUGGUGAUGACACUUASGUUUCACACCACAGUCUUGAGUGUAUAUUUUUAAAAGUUGAGUAUGAUAAGACAAGCAAAUACAACAAAUUGUUUUUGUACAAGUGCAGCCCCCGAUUGUAUGAAUGUAUUUUUAUUUAACUUGUGUGCUGUGUUAACAUCAUCUGGAAAAUAAACUCUGAGUAAGCCACUCCCCUUCUUCACCUCUUUCAGUAAGGGAAGGGCAAAAGCAGAAAUUAUGGGUUGAGGUAGCAGUGAAUAAGACAUGCACAGCAACAACAACAAURUUAAUAGCAAAAGGAUACAAAAGAGAAGGUAUUUUACUGACAGAAGUGUUCACCGCUGGGAACAACAAUAAGAUGGAGGAUGCUUCAUGCUUCAUUAGAUCAUGUCUGCAUGGCUUUGCAGACAAAGGCAAUGUGAUGGCUGGGAAGGCAAAAUGUCCAUCUUCCAGUGGACCAGGGGUUUUCCUUCCAAAACCAUGCCUGCCAAGAGUCUGGGAGAUACAGAAAACCAACCUGGCUACAGCCUCAGCUCUGACCCCUCUCUGCAACCAGGGCAACUUGUUACGUGAACACAAAACUUCAGAAGGAUGCUCUUUUUGAACUCUUACUGGUAUAAGGUGUUGCAGAUGGCCAUAAUUUUUCCUAAUCUUUCUGAUCUAGGAAAAGUUUCAAAAGUUAACUUGUCAGUGAAGUGUCACCAUUUCUGUAUGCUCAAACUUUGUAUAAAGAUAUGGAUGAGAGUUACUUGAAUGCUUGAAGGCUGUCUCUGAUUUCAGAGCUAGUUGUUCUGGCUAGCUUGGCUAAUUCUGAUUAACCUUUUUAUAAUUUAUAGUGAGAUGAGAAGAAAGGUUUUCAAUCAGACUUGUUUUUCCUUCUACUUUUCCAUACCAUUUGAUGAGAUCUCAAAAACUCAUGGUAUUGCUAUAUGGCUUUUCCUUGUAACUUAUGCAAGUUCUCCCUUUCCUUUUGCUCAUACUGGUUUGCAGUGRGGUACUGUCGUUGCAUUGAUGUUUUCCUUUCCUGCCAUGGUGAUAACACUUUCCUGUUAUGUAAUGGUCUGCUUACUUGUUCUCCUAUUCAGGUUCUCAGGUAAAGUUGUACUGUUUCCACCCAUUAGCAAUUAGUCAAAGGUAAUAGUCAGCCUCCCCUGUCCCUGUACAGUUAAUGUACAGCUUGUUUGUUAAGCAGUAACUAUGUGAGUUUGUCAAAUCUUCCCAUGUGUGUUACCCAUAGAAUGAAGCAAAAACAAGCUGGGCAAUUGUCACCUAACUUCAAGGCAGUCAUUACCACAACUAAAAUGGGCUCAGUCCAAGACAAUUGCUGAGACCCUACAAUUUCAGGUAAAUACAAAGUCUGACAUUUUAUCAGAUGUUGGGAAAGCAAGUUUGGGUGGACUGUAGAAUCUGGCUUGAAGAGAAGGUGGGUGUUGUUUGGGAUGUAUAGUCUACAGUAAGGCCUGUACCCUUUUUUUU